AGUUCGGAGGGGAGAGGUUGCCGUUGUGUUGUGUUGGAAGAAACUUUACGUUUUUUAAAAAAUCAGUUUGGAUAUAAAUUACGAAAAACGAAGAAAAGCUUGAUGGGAUAUAUGAUUUCGUAAGGGAUUAAGGAAGACAUUUUGGCUGCCAUGCAUUACCUCAGUGUUUUGUGUUUCAUCCGCGAGGAAUCAGUUCCAAUGGCACAACUCAUGGCACUCUUUCUGCUGGGAACUCUCCAUUGUUCUUCGGGAAUCGUCAUAACAGUGGACAGAACUACCCUAGACCCGAUAGAGAUCGAGCGAUGUCGGAGCAGCAUCGCCGCUGUGCCACAACUGAACCUGACCCGCCAUCACACGUCCCGGCCUCACUACAUCGUCCCUGGGGUUGCGGAAAGCACGAUCGAGAGGCCAGACCUUCUCGAACGCUCUCCCAGCUCCUCGGAAGCUACGUCUAAAAAGUCAUACCUGUCCUCCACGCCCUUGCACGAGAAGCCCAAAGUCGCCACGCUGCCCGAGGAGCCAGGCCUGAUAUCUUCAGCGGGGAAUCCGUUGAUCUCAGUUCUAACGCCGCUGCUGACGACGCCUUCAACGGUGCUGCUGACUUCCCCUUCGUCCAUUGAACCCCUCACGCCCACGUGGUAUAUCACAAGCCCACCGCCCACUCCCCUUACAGUGCACACGUCUACAGAAUCAGCCGUAAGCGUAAAUAUACAAUAUCUUGAUUAUACAACCAAACCGUAUGAGCCAAACAAACCUACGCUGCUCACAAGACAAACGGACAAAGAAAACUUACCCACUCAUCUUGCCCUAGAGAAACCCAAGCAGCUAGAGAAAAGACUAUCUACAAAACCUACUUUCCUUUCGAAAUUGAGCUCGCAGACUUCCACAGAUCCACCGACUCAACCUGCACACCAUAUCACAAACGCAACCGAGCGAGCUACCAACCACGCAUCGCCUCUGCCACUCAUACACAUAACAGCAACCACGCAACCCGCCUUUUUAUAUUCUACGAUCCCCGCUGCAAGGGGACAUAGGUCAGUGAAGCCUGCUGCAGUACGGCCGGCUCUGCAGGAGAUGGAGAAGGAGCUGAGCGACUUGCUGAGGGAGCAGAUAGCGCUUCUGCUGACAGAUGACAUUGCUGAGACCCUUUAUAUGUCAUACCGGGCCCGCCUCCAGUUCGCCAACCACGAGAUGGUGGACAAACUCCUUCAGCAGGAAUCCCUCACACCGAGCUACCUUCCCGGGGAAUGUCCUAUGCGGUAUUACGAGCGUAGAAACAAUCUGCUGAAGAGGGUGGUGGGCCUCCUCCUGCUGGCCCUUCCGCAGUCCCUUCAGGAGCUGGAGGAGGCAGCUUGGGAUGACGACUUGGAAAAUAAUUUCUUCAGGCCCGGAGAAAAGAACAUCCUGGACGUCCCAGAAUGCAGAGAGUGCUACACGAAGGACAGUCUUGGAAAUUGUCGAGAGAUUUUCUUCUGCAAAGCCGGCUCCUCUGCUGACGUCAGGACUGGCUUGUCUCCUGAGGACUUGAAGCGGCUUCUGGCUCUUGGUUGAGUCUGUGUGUGUGUGCUUGUAUGACUGUGUGCGAGAGAAAGAAAGAUAUAUAUAUAUAUAUAUAUAUAUAUAUAUAUAUAUAUAUAUAGAGAGAGAGAGAGAGAGAGAGAGAGAGAGAGAGUAUGUGUGUGUGUGUGUGUGUUGUGUGUAUUGUGUUGUGUAUGUGUGUGUGUGUUCGUGUGUGUAUGUGUGUGUACGUGGAAAGGUUUCAUUUUUUUAUAUGAAAUGAAAGGAUUUUUAAACGUUUAUUUUCUGAGAGUGAAAUAUUUAAUGUCAUCACACAAUCUACAUCAAGUAUCAUAAAUCCAUUUAGAUUUCUCUUCGUUUUUGAUACAUUUGAAGCAAAUAAUAUGUCAUUCGUUGUAAAGAGAUUUCAGUUUAUAGUAAGACAAAUUUACAUAGACCUCUGUAUUUUAAGUACAGUGCGAUUCAGUGACUGUACCACUUUUAUGAGUACAUUAACUUCAUUUAUAUUUCUUUAUCCAUUUCUGAGAAACGUCCUCAUAUUUAAAUGUGUAAAAAUAAAACAAGGAAAGUGGUCAAAUACUUAUUUUAAAACAAUUGCCAAUUUCAUUUUUUUUAAAAUCCUUUUUGUGGGAAAUUCGCCCGCCCCGGACACGUCAAAAAUAAGGAAAUACCUUAUAUCUAAUUCAGCAAUAUUUCACCUAAAAUAGUGAAGAAAACGGGUGUUUAUGUAUAUAAAUGUUUUAAUAAGCACACAGUAAAGCUAGAUAACGCUCGUACUUCUUCACCGUAUUAUUCUUUUAUUUUCAUCAAUUCAAAUGCAGCAUGUUGAUAAAGGAUAAAGAAACACCACCAUAGUUCACAAAUAUUUAGUUCACAGCAACAGCACACUGACAAACAUGGAUGACUGCUGUACAGUAGUCAACAUAUUUAUUUUCUAUUUUAACAUUUACUGGUCUCUAACACUUUUUUUUCGCGAUGUUCUAUCUCCUCAAAUUAUAUUGUUUAUGGCUGCUUUAUCGGAUUAGCGGCCUCUGUCAAAUAAUGGACGAUAUUUUACAGAUCUUGUGACAAAUGUUGAAAAACGAUAGUCUUAAUGGAACGAAUAAUUUGACAAUGCAAGAUAUUUGAUUCACAUUUUGAGUUACAUCGUGAGCAUUACGAAAUUAAGUGUGUAAAUAAUACCAUUUUCGCAUUCUAUAAAUUGCAAUGCAUGAAUUCAACGACUAUUAUCCUGGCAUAUUUUACGAAGUUAUUCUUGUCAGUUUAGAGGCUAAUUGCAGUACGCGAUGGUAAAGGCAUUUUAGUAAGGAAAAUAUAUUGUUCCCAAAAUACAGUUCAUGGCUUAGGUACCUCUCGAAAAUAAUCAUAAAUCAAGGACGGGGGCACUAAAUGACAAAAAUCGUGAUAUUUGACUUUCUCACAAUUUUCCAUCCAGAGGCCGCUAAACUAAUACAUAGAACAACUCACUUCUCUCACAACCUAAAAAUAUAUUCUUACUUUUUUUUACACUAAAGACUUAUAUAUAUCAUCAAGAAUUAUGUGCAUCACAGUAUAAACAAAGGUUCCUUUAACGGAAAAAUAGCAUUCAAAGAAAACUUUGCUCGAAGGACAUACUUUAGUAAAGGGGAUCAGUUGAACAGCAGAUACAUACACACUUAUUAUAGUGUUUUUUUGUUCAUGUGGAUUAUACUGAUUCUUUCACACUUUUUCAGUAAGGAAGACGUGCGGACAUUGACAUAUCAGAACCUAAAUACCUAUGAAAUCACUUUGAUUUUAAUUUUGUAAAAUGAAAAUUUUGCACCUACACUUAGAUGAUAAAGGCAUAUUCACUCCUAUAGUUUCGUCUCUUACAUUCCAACAAACACACCGAUAAAUUUGAAACUGUCAAGACGAAGAGCAUGUAUUUUAUCUCCGUUGUUGUCAUAUAUGGUAAAUUCAAAGACCACAUGGAUAAAUCUAUACAUCCUCGCCAUAGUGGAAAGGGUCUCAAUUAUUCCUGUGGAUGAGUGGAACAUACUGGCCUUGACCCACUCUUGUCAAUUCUGUGUGGAUAACAGAUUGCAGACCAGAGCGAAGAUGGUCGAGAGUUUACCGCGGGAAAGAUUUUAUUUGUUUGAUUGAUUCGAAGAUCAAACUCUCCGAACACGCCUUUCUUCUCGGUAAAAUCAGGCGCCAAAAUCAAAUAUUCGCGGUUCCAUUCUAAAAUUCUACGCGCGGGAAAAGGAUCGAUGAGGGUUUAAAUGGAAGACCUUCUAGUACUAACCUCAUGACUACUCUUUGUGGACGUGGAAUAACAAUGGAAGAUAUUUAAAUGUUGGUUUGGAAGAUCAUAACUGUCGGCUUGGAAGACCAUGUGUUCUGACUCCGUUGUUUCACGCAGAACAGGUACAAACGCACAAAAGAUGCCAAAACUACGUGACUCGUUACUACGAACUGGCCUUAUCUGGAAGAACUGUUACGGGGAAGACUCGAAAUUUCAACACUAACCUCUGGCUAAUUGUAAUAAAUGGGAGAACUCCAAGAUCCUGGAGUUUCUGUGGAAGAGCAUAUUACCGUAAAUUGGUGUUUCUGUAUGGAAGAUCUAUACGUUUUGUCCGUUUCGGUGGAUGCACUUGGCUUUUUGGUCGUAAAUAUUGUGGUUUUAUACAUGACACGUCGUUCAAUUAGCGCAAAAUACAGUAAG